CUGUCUGAGCUACCAGGGAAGCCCUGACACAUACUAAGUACUCAGUAAAUGUUAACCAUUUUUUAUUAUUAGAAAAAUUCUGGACUGUGAAUCAGAAGAUUUGGGUUCUCUUUUUGCCCGUGCUCCUGGGAUACCUGAGGGACUUCCUUUGUCCAAGCCUGUUUCCUCAUUUUAAAAAUGAGGUCUCAUCCCUGCUCUUCUUACUCCCCAGAAUUGCUGGCAGGAUCUAGUGAUCUCAUGAAUGUGUAAUGAAUAUGAAAGGAAUUUAGAAACUAUAAUGUGUUAAGCUCAUGGUAGGUGAGCCGCUUUCUCUUUUCUUGAAACUACUUUAGGUGGCUUUACUGGGUGGAGGAAGCAGUACUCAUUCUUCUGGCAGCGGAACCUAAAGGCCAUCCUUGUACUAAAGUUCUAUUCUGGGUAAAGGUAACCCAUGGCAAAAAUCUAAAAUAGUCAAGUUUUGUCUUCUGACCUUUCUUAUCCCACUCCAUCCUACUUCUGACUUCCUUGUUUCCAUGUCUUCUUCAAUUCCCCUCUGUCUCUUGACAGCAGCAUCUGUCAAAGACAACCUAACUUUCCAUUUGAGAUAAGCUGGUACAACUAGCUCAGGGAGUUAUAUUUUCUUAAGGUUCAAUUUGCUUAAGUUCAGUACUCAGAAACCAAGUCAAGCCUGGAGCCCAUUCUUUCCUUCCCACUGUUUUUUCACUAGCAUUUUCAUUUUAGUGUAAAUUUGAAUUUCAGACUCCUUAGCAAAAACAUUUAGUGGUGAAUGAGAUACUGGAAGUAACUCUUACUUAGCCUUCAUUUCCAGGGAGGGUCAGAUUUGUUUGGGGCCCUGAGAGGAGGGUGAGGCAGGUGAUGGUUGUAGUAUUCAAGGGGUGACAUCUGUAGGGCAGAGGGAGGAAGGACAAUCAGAAAAUGUCUAAAACUGAUCUCCAAAAUUAAACUUAGGAAGAAAAUAUUGCAAGUUCUUUAUAUAUUAAACUGUUAAUCUCAUCAUUUCAUUUCUACUUUUUUGUGUAGAUUUUUUAUAAAACACAUACUACAUUAGUAGUAGGUAGAUACUGGGAUAGAUGUUUAUUUUUUUAACCAAUUGAUUAUUUUUUAAACAAAAUCUUGAACUUUUUACUUUGUAUUGGGGUAUAGCUGAUUAACAAUGUUUUGAUAAUUUCAGGGGAGCAAUUUUUAACCAAAACAAUUGACAUCUGUCCUUUUAAACUAUUGUAGGCUUGGUUUCUAAUCUUGGCUCUGCUGCUGACUAACUUGACAUGUUAGCCAACUUCUGUUUAUUAGAACCUCAGUUUUCUUAUCUGUAAAAUGUUAGACUGGACUAGAUGUGCUAGCUCUUGGGAGUCUCCAAUCCUGGCCUUCUCUGAGUGUAAUAAUUCACUCUUUCAGGCUUUUGAACCUGAGACAGAGUCAAGAAGAGUGGGUUCAAGCCCUAGCAUCUUGCUGUUUGCUUUGUCCCUCAGUCAGCUUUCCUGGGUCCCUUCCCUUCUCCACUCCUACCUCCUAUACCUAGCCCAGACAGGCAGAGGAUCUCUUACAUAAGCCUAACUGACCUACUUGAAGAUCUUUUGUUACAAGCACAACCACUUUUCCUGCAAACACAGAUUGGGUGUUUGCAUCCAAUCUGCAUUCUAUCCUUCCUGGACCCUGAGGGUGGGUCUGAUUGUGCUUUUUUCGUGUCUUCACUGUUAGCCUAGGUUUAGAUGUUACAUCCCUCUGUCUGUAGUCUUAAAGGACACAGUCUGAAGGGGAGACAGCUCAGCCAGUUUGAGUCCCCGGGGGCCUGAUCUAGUGAAUGCUCACUGACUAUUUCUGCUCAUCAAUCAUUUAUCAUGUCUUCUGGGAACCCAGGACAGUGCUAGACUUUGUCCGGAGAAAAAUGACCCAUCCCUGAACAGGAAACUACUGGCAAGGGCCAGAAACACUGCUAAAUGCCUUGGCCAAUGUCUUUUCUCUUGCAGGGAGUAAAAGAGAAGAGGGAAAUCAAUAAGCCACUGGAAACCAUCUUUCACUUUCUGAUGGGCUGUUUAAAUGCAGAUUUCCCUUUUGGGCUAUAGGGACUCCUCAGGAGAUAAUUACAUUGUCUUUAGAAAUGCCUGCCAAUGCUAGAGACUUUGCAAGCCGGUGUCCUUUGUGGGCAUGCUCAGUAGACUUCAAGGUGGUUUAAGUUGGUUGAAAUAUAUUUAUUUUUUCUGUCUCUUCUCCAGGUAUAGAAUCAGGUCACAGUAUACCUUACUAAAUGCUGUUCCUGUUAUCACUACCUUAGACCAGAUGGCCACAUUUAAGAAUACAUUAGAACUAUUAGUUCCAACCUAUCUCCUCCUCUGCUCCUCCCCCCCACAUACAGUCCUUUUUCCCCUACAAGAUUUUAACAUGACAUCUGUCAAAUGGAUAAAAAAUGACUUUCCCUUCUUGCUGCCUUGCCCACCCACCCUCUGGCUGCAGUGUUGAUGAGUAUAGAACUAUACAUGUGGGAGACACAGAGGACAAAUUCUUCAUGUAGUUCUAGCCCCCUCCUCCUAACCCUUCUGUAAACCUAGAGGAGCCCCACCUCCAUCCCUUGGAGGAAUUCCAAGGCUGGCCUUCAAGUCACAGUCCAGAACAAGUUAAAGCUCCCAAGUCUUGUCUCAGUGGAACUAUGUAAAGAAAUUCAAGAACCCAGGUGUAGGGUGAUGGGUCUAGGUCACUUCAAGGAUUUGGGGCUUUUUGAAUCUCCUACCUAUCCCCCAGGCUUGCCCUGGCCAUCUUUCAAGGUAUGUAGGAAACAAGCGACCCACAUGGAUAGCUGGAACUUAGUAGCCACAGCAAGUCCAAGAAGGGUGAGAUAAUCAGGGCAGGAAUAUUUUGGAGAUAGGUCCCAGUCUGACUCCAGAGAUAGGUAGGGGUCAGAGGACCUCCAGCUUGGGAUGACAUGCUUCUGACUCAACUCGUGGAAAGAGCAUUGCUGGGUCUUUUUUCUUUUUUUACUGAUAAUUUUUCUCUUAGAGUAUUGGGAGCUGACUUGGGUAGAUUGAGCAUAGCUCUAGGAAAUUGCUUCUAGAUUGUAGUGUAGAGAGAUGCUGCAAAAAUUUUUCAUUAGGGGCAUCAAUGUUGAAGGUCUAGGAGGGAGUGGAAGUAGGGGUGCAGGUGCAGAUAGUCUCUUGAGGCAGCCUUGGAAAAUCCACUUAGACAAACUACUGUAACUCCUUAGCCUGCUUGAAAACUUACACAAGAAAGAGAAGCCAAGAGCCAGAAUUUCAGAGAUUCUGGUUUCUUCGGAAACCAUUGCAAUUAGAGGAAAUUCUUGUACUUCAAACUCAGGCUCUAGAAAGUUUAAAAGACACUUGGUCUCAGUGUGAUAUAUGAUUUAGAAUCACUCAGGCUGCUUGUUAAAAAUGCUGCGGUGAUUCUGAGCAGAGAGUCUGGGAAUGACAAUUGAGAAACUAGUAUAAAGAAUCAGAGUCACCUGGAUGAUACCAAAAAAUUCCCAAACAACUUGACAGUAACUUUUAUUUCCAAGGUACUUUGAAGGUGCAAGCUGAUGCUUAUCAGGUUGGGAGCUACUCUGUUGAGGGGGACCUCUGCAGCCAAUGGUGUCAUGAUUGGUGGUCUGGAAACACUUCUUUUUGAUCUUUGCAAUCCUUGGCCCUGUUGGCUGCAUUUUCUCUAAAAGACCUAUUCCUUCAACAAGACCGAACUCUUGACAUCAUAAGCUUUGGGGCAGCAGCUGGGUCUCACUUCAGAAACUCCUGGGCCCAUUAGGUUGAGCUAAUGGCUGAAGUGUCAUACUAGAAGAGUCAAUUGCUAAGGUGUAAACCAAACAAGCAACUUCCCUUACCUCAUAUAUUUGGUCACUGUUAUAGCUGAGAUCACUUCGUAACCUCUUUUAGAAGAGGUCUAGAAAGAGGUGUUAUCCUUUGUUAUUAGUCUGUACUAAUUGAGAAAAUGUCCUGGAUGGCUUCAUAUCUUAAGAUGCUUAUAUGGAUUUACCAAGCUUUUAGGAGCUGACAGGUGUGAAUUGGCUUUUGACAUAUUGGCCUCUGGAUCAGGUGGUCUGUCUUGUUCUUGCUGAGCUGACCUGCAUCUAGCCUCUUCUUUCAAAUCAAGCCAGCUGGGCUGGGGUUCAUAUCUGCCAGGUGUGGCUAAAGCCAACCUUCAUUUUGUUCAAGUGAAAAAUUAUGUUAACAGUGGGAUAUUGAAGGAAGCCAAUGCCUAAUGACUCACAAAUCACAUGCCCAAACUAGGAAAAAGAUAAUCACGUCAUGAAAAGUGGCAAUAUUUGCAUAUUUCCUUUCAAUACAUUUAAAGCCACCAUCACUUGAAUGCAUUAAUUAUUCUUCUCAGAAAUUAAAUUAUCUGGUUAUGGGUGAUUGCAGCAUCCAGAUUAAAGCUGAAACUAGCUAGGUGUGAAGUAUUAAGUCAUAUGGAAAACAAAUAGCAGUCCUUAUGAUUUUAAAAAAAAAUUAGUUUUUUUUUUUCUUACCUGACAUUUCUUCUUUCUCUGAUGACCAUUGAGCAUCUGCAAAGAUCUUCAGCAAAAGCCAGCCCACCCCAGAAGCCACCUGGCCAUAAAUCCUAUCAGCAAUGGAUUGGCCUAUAGGGCAUCUGGUACAUAUUAUGCAAACAAUUUCUUUGACCCCAUAGAAUAUUCUGCAACCUGACAGAGAUGCUGACUCUUUUACUGUGAUCUUCCUCAGAGCUUACCUGGUUUUAGGGCUCUGGGCACAGAACUUUAGAAGCUAAAAACAGUGUUCAUUAUAGAUUAAGCAGAUGUUUUAGAUUUACUGUUCACAAGUAUACAAUCUGUUUGGAGAAUAACACCCUGGUUAACAACUUGAAUAACUCUACGUUAUUUAAUAUCUUCUUCUUAUCCUAGGUAGAAAUUAGUGAAAGAGGCAAGGGAGAGAAGAUACAGGGUGGAGUAGUCAGGGACAAGAUUAAGGAGCAGGUGGGCCAAGAUCAUAUGGCAAGGAAGAGGAAGCAUAUCUUGUAUCCCUACACUUAACCAUGGACAAGGGAAUGGCUGAAUCAGGCACAGAGCUGAUCACUGGAGAUUCCAUCGUUAGUGCUGAGGCAGUAUGGGAUCACGUCACCAUGGCCAACCGGGAGUUGGCAUUUAAGGCUGGCGACGUCAUCAAAGUCUUGGAUGCUUCCAACAAGGAUUGGUGGUGGGGCCAGAUCGACGAUGAGGAGGGAUGGUUUCCUGCCAGCUUUGUGAGGCUAUGGGUGAACCAGGAGGAUGGGGUAGAGGAAGGGCCCAGUGACGUUCAGAAUGGGCACCUGGACCCCAACUCAGACUGCCUCUGUCUGGGCCGGCCACUCCAAAACCGGGACCAGAUGCGGGCCAACGUCAUCAAUGAGAUCAUGAGCACCGAGCGUCAUUACAUCAAGCACCUAAAGGACAUUUGUGAGGGCUACCUGAAGCAAUGCCGGAAAAGAAGGGACAUGUUCAGUGAUGAGCAACUGAAGGUGAUCUUUGGGAACAUUGAAGACAUCUACAGGUUUCAGAUGGGCUUUGUAAGAGACCUGGAGAAACAGUACAACAAUGAUGACCCCCAUCUCAGCGAGAUAGGACCCUGCUUCCUGGAGCACCAAGAUGGAUUCUGGAUAUACUCUGAGUACUGUAACAAUCACCUGGACGCCUGUAUGGAGCUCUCCAAACUGAUGAAGGACAGCCGCUACCAACACUUUUUUGAGGCCUGUCGCCUCUUGCAGCAAAUGAUCGACAUUGCUAUUGAUGGUUUCCUUUUGACGCCAGUACAGAAGAUCUGCAAGUAUCCCUUACAGUUGGCCGAGCUCCUCAAGUAUACUGCCCAGGACCAUAGUGACUACAGGUAUGUGGCAGCUGCUCUGGCUGUCAUGAGAAAUGUGACUCAGCAGAUCAAUGAACGCAAACGUCGCUUGGAGAAUAUUGACAAGAUUGCACAGUGGCAAGCCUCUGUUCUAGACUGGGAGGGCGAGGACAUCCUAGACAGGAGCUCGGAGCUGAUCUACACUGGGGAGAUGGCCUGGAUCUACCAGCCCUAUGGCCGCAACCAGCAGCGAGUCUUCUUCCUGUUUGACCACCAGAUGGUCCUCUGCAAGAAGGACCUGAUCCGGAGAGACAUUCUAUACUACAAAGGCCGCAUUGAUAUGGAUAAAUAUGAGGUAGUGGACAUUGAAGAUGGCAGAGAUGAUGACUUUAAUGUAAGCAUGAAAAAUGCCUUCAAGCUUCACAACAAGGAGACUGAGGAGAUACAUCUAUUCUUUGCCAAGAAAUUGGAGGAGAAGAUACGCUGGCUCAGAGCUUUCAGAGAAGAGAGGAAAAUGGUACAGGAAGAUGAAAAAAUUGGGUUUGAGAUUUCUGAAAAUCAGAAGAGGCAGGCUGCAAUGACUGUGAGAAAAGUCUCUAAACAAAAAGGUGUCAACUCUGCCCGCUCAGUUCCUCCUUCCUACCCACCACCACAGGACCCGUUAAACCAGGGCCAAUACCUGGUCCCCGAUGGCAUCGCUCAGUCGCAGGUCUUUGAGUUCACCGAACCCAAGCGCAGCCAGUCACCAUUCUGGCAAAACUUCAGCAGGUUAACCCCCUUCAAAAAAUAAUACCAACAGGGAGGUAGAUAAUUUUAAAAUAAAUAAAAUUAUAUUUAUAGAUGGA